UGGGCUAUGCUAUAUAGUAACAUACGGUCAGACCAACUCACCGAAACCUUGCUGUCCUUCUGCAACGUUUAGCCUACCUAAUGUCCCGGUAUGGUGACUAGAGAUCUGCUGGAAGCGACCUAUGGGCCUGUUGGUCCCAUUUGUCCACGAUGUUCUUAUUCUUACUGAGUAAGAAAGAAGAUCUCCUGAAGAUACACUCCUCUCUCUACUUAAUCAUUCUCUCUCUUCCUGGCCUCGUGAUGUGCAGAGUGUGAGGUCAUGUCCCAGUCUGGAAAAGUCAUUCAUCUGUAUGUGGAGGUGAGGUCAGCCCCAGAUCAGGAUGGGAAGGGGGGCUUGGGAGGAGGAGUAGUGGAGGGGCUUGGGACUGGGAGUAACUCAGCCUCAGCACAGGAUCAGCCAGCGGGGCUUUUGUCCCAGCUAGCCUGCCAGACAAAAUGUCAAACUCCUACCAAAGCUCCAAUACCCCGCCUGGCCCAUAACUUCAUCCACACCCAGUCUCCCUCCAGAAACAAAGUGAGCUUCCAGCUCCACCAAGGUAAUGGCACCCAAUCGCCUAGCAUCUCCCAGCAACAGAGUUUACCAGCAGCACUGACCCACUCCCCAGCCUUUUCUGGGACUGGGAAGACCACCACCCCACACACACACCUCUCCAAAGGGCAGGGGGUGGGGGGCAAUGGCAAACGGUCGGUGGUCACCUUCAGCUACAUUGAGAAGGCUAACGUAAAGACAGUGGAGAGCCCACAGAACUCAGCCUGUCAGAGGAGGUCUAGGGAGGAGCUGUCGUCCCCACCUUCCCACCCCCGGAAUAAACUCAGCGACCCCAUCUGGUUGGGUAGUCCUGGCUCCUCAUGCGGCUCCAGUCCCAAACUAGCAUUUCGUCCCCCAGGGGGUCACCAGCAGCAGCCGGCAGGCUCGCCCAGCCUCCGCCACCCUGUCUUGGAUCCUGUCAGUAUUGCGGACACACAGCGUGCCCUGGAGGAGUUUGGGUUUGGUUCCCCCCUGUUCAGGAGUAAGAUCAUCCAUGGGCUCGAGCAGAGUCCCAGGGGCUUCCGCCACAACCAGCAGGCCCGCUGCUUGUCCUGGGCCGGCGGUUCCCCUGUCCAGAGCCACAGCGCCUGCAAUAAUCUCCACAAUAAUCACGCUGUGGAUGCAGAUAGAAACCGGGCCAUUUGCGGGCCAUUACCCAGGAGCUCAGCCUCCGUCCAGCUUUCGUCCCAUGCUAGGCAGGCCGCUCUGGGCAUGUCUCCUAACUCAAGACCCAGGUCGUGCAUGGGGCUCCAGGCCCAGAGCCCACACCACUGGGCAGUUCAGGACAAAGCUUUAGCAGGUAGUCCAGCCACACAGAGACAAGUGCACAAGCCCUGUAACAGCAGCUCCUCCUCUCAAGGGACCAUCCUCCAACUUGAAAAUAAACUAGGGGAGGGAACUGUACUGAAUCAGCUAAGUUGUAGCAAACCCUCCUCCCCAGCCAACAGCCCUGAAGUGGCCCGGAGGCUAGCCGAGGAGGCUACUAAAGUAUCCUCUAUUUUAGCAGAGGUAAAGAGGAACUCAUUGACAUUGCACAAUGCUUUAGACGAGGUAGAGAGCCCCAACUCUGGAUGUAUGUCUGGAGAAGCUGACAGUUCUGUCCCAAAUGCACAAUGGCAACACUUACAGCAUCAGACAGUUAAGAUGAAUAUCCCUUUACACGGCCAACACACACCAACGUCAAACGACACUGACUCUCACCGGGUUGGAAACUCUUUACCAUCGUCACGCACACAGGACUCAAACUCUCCAACAACAACCAAUCACGGGACACAGCAUGGAAGAGGGCAGGCUCUGGCUCAGAGCUCCAUUCUAUCAGACACAGUAGUGGGUGUAGGAGGGUCCCCUGCCCUGCCUUCACGCUUCAUCCGUCCAUCUCUUCCCCCAGCCGAGACCAGCUCCCCUCUGAAAGACCCCAGGCUGCUGAGAGCCCAGCUCAGAGUCACAGAAAGCCCCACACUGCAUCGCUGCCGGCCUCCUCAGUACACUAGAGAUUUCUGGUCCUUCGAGCCGGACGGGAGAGCCGACUUCUCCUGCUUUGACAGGGGGGAUAGUGCCGAGCUGGCCCGUAGGCUCUAUAUACGCCAAAGUGUGGUGGAAGCCCCUGUCAGCUGGACCUCCAGGCAGCCCUGGAGCCACCUGGUGGGGGAGGAGAGCAGAAACUCCAGUUCCAGCCCCAUACAUGGACCUGGACCUGGGCAGCAGCCCCUAAGCGUGGCCCAGCAGAAAAGGGCUGAGCAUAGGAGGAGGGAGGUUCUCCUGCUGGGCCCUGUGGUGCUGGACUCGCCAGAGGAGGAUGAGGGCCUGAAUGGGGAUGGGGAAGAGGUUCACGGACCAGGGCAACAACGAGGCCUGCUGAGGGUGGAGGAGCCUCCAGAGGGGGAGCAAAUCAGGGUAGCAGGGUCCUCAUCACGUAGCUCCAGCGGGGUGACCGGCAGCCUGGGGGAAAGGGACUGUGUGUCCCCAGAGUCCAGUCAGUCCAGCCACCAGAGCAACGAGACAGGGGCUGCUACUUCAGGGAUACAGACGGACAGUGGUUCUGCAGUCCCAGGCCCCUCCCUCCACUCUCAGAGGAUAGCUCGUGCCAAGUGGGAGUUCCUAUUUGGGACCCCUGCUGAGGAGGAUGCCAGCAGGGAGGAGAAAAAUACCAUCGAGGCCUCGACAGCUCCUCCUAGUGGCCAGUCCAGUGAAUCCCCCACCCCCACGCCCCCCACCUCCCUCCCCCUCAUCUCGGCUAAUCAUGAGGUGCAGCACGUGGAGGUGGAGCUGGUGACUCCUCACCCAGCUGUGGCGGGGUCGUCGCCCAAGACGGGCAUCAUCCGGAUGACCCUCAAGUACUCGGAGACGGACCUGGAUGCCGUGCCCCUGCGCUGUUACCGCGAGACCGACAUCGAUGAGGUGCUUUUGGCUGAGCAGGAAGAUGCCGACUCAGCAUUUGGCAGUAACCGUAGCGUGAAAAGCACCUCGGGUACAGACAGCAGCCCCCUGGGUGUCUGUCCCUAUGAGAGCACAAGCGCGGAGGAGGAGGAGGUGGAAGGAGAGGAGGAGGAAGAGGAGCUGGAGGAGGGGGAGGAGGAGGUGGUGAGCUGGGCCUCAGUGAGGAUGCAAGGGGACAUUAAGAGACAGCAGCAGCAGCAGGUGAUUAGUCAGCUGCUGAAGAGGCCGUUGGACAGUUUCUUUGACAACCUCCCGGCCCUCAAGUCGCCCGUCCUGGUGUCGGGGCCUCGCCUCGCAGGCACCUCCGAGGACAGCUUCAGCCGCCAUUUUGAGAGCAUCAUGGAGUCACACCGUGCCAAGGGCACGUCCUACGGCAGCCUGGACCUGGACAGUGAGGAGCUGCUGACCUCCAGCACCCAGACUGUCCUGACCUUUGAACUCCCCACGCUGACCCCAGAGAUCCAGAGGGGUCAGAUGACCUGUCAGAGCGCCCGGCAGAUUGUCAAGCUGAGCUUCGCCCCAUUGGCCCACUGCGAGAGGGGGACAAGCCUAUCGGAUUCCAUCGUCACGGUGACGGGAGACUCGGACGCCACGCGUGCCCCCUCCAGCGAAAGGCUGAGUAGUAGCCCGGAAGACACGCCCCUGAGAGGGGGAGGGGGCGGGGCACGGAUGCUGGGGAGCAGCUGGUACAGCAACCCCACAUUCUCCUUCCCUAGGUCAGUGAUGUCAUACAGCAGCAACCCCUCCCUCUCUUUCCACAGGGAAAAGGCUCGUCUGGCGACAGACUCAGAGCUGGACCAGGACCUCAGUGAGCUGCUGUGCCUGGGGAGCAGCGAAACCCUCACCAAUGGUAACCGGGCCAACGGGGAGGCCGCUAAGCGCCUGGCCAAACGCCUCUUCACCCUGGACGGCUUCAGGAAGUCCGACGUGGCCCGCCACCUCAGCAAAAACAAUGACUUCAGUUGUAUGGUUGCAGAAGAGUAUCUACACUUCUUUAACUUCAAGGGUCUUGCUGUGGACCAGGCUCUGAGAGCCUUUCUCAGACAGUUUUCCCUGAUGGGGGAGACUCAGGAGAGAGAGCGGGUGCUGGCUCACUUCUCCAGGAGAUACCUGCACUGUAACACCAAACGUAUACCCUCUGAGGAUGGUGUCCAUGCCUUGACCUGUGCCCUGAUGCUGCUAAACACAGACCUGCAUGGCCAUAACAUUGGCAAAAGGAUGUCCUGCACACAGUUCAUUGGCAACCUGGAGGGUAUGAAUGACGGUCAAGACUUUUCCAAAGACCUUCUGAAGGCCCUGUACAACUCAAUCAAGAAUGAGAAGCUUCAAUGGACAAUCGACGAGGAGGAGAUGCGGAAGUCUUUCUCAGAGCUGGGGGACACCAGCCAGGCAGACUCCACCUCUAAACCCAUGAAGAGCAUGGCCAGCGGCGGGAAACCCCUAGUGGCCAUGGCCCAGCCCUCAGGAGCCCUGCUGUACAAGAACGGCUUCCUGGUGCGCAAGGUGCACGCCGACUCAGACGGCAAAAGAACACCGCGUGGGAAAAGAGGAUGGAAGACGUUCUAUGGCAUUCUGAAAGGGCUGAUUCUCUACCUACAGAAGGUGAGCAGCUCCUGCCGACGGGAGCAGGGAGAGUACCGGCCAGAUAAGCAGCUGUCGGACGAAGAUCUGAAGAACGCUGUGUCCAUCCACCACUCUCUGGCCAUGAGGGCUGCCGACUACAGCAAGAGACCCAAUGUGUUCUACCUCCGCACCGCCGACUGGAGGGUCUACCUCUUCCAGGCACCAAGCACAGAGCAGAUGCAGUCAUGGAUCACACGCAUCAAUACGGUAUCAGCCAUGUUCUCGGCACCACCUUUCCCUGCAGCCAUUGGUUCACAGAAGAAAUUUGCCCGACCGCUGCUGCCAAGCUCCACCUCCAAACUGUCACAGGAGGAGCAGGUCCAGUCCCAUGAGACUCGGUUCCGGGCCAUCUCCACUGAACUGGCUGAGCUGCGCUCAUAUCCUCCAGACCGAAAGGUCAAAGGCCGCGAGCUGGAGGAGUACCGCCAGCGAGACGAGUACCUGGAGUUUGAGAAAACACGCUACGGUACCUACGCCAUGCUGCUGCGGACCAAGAUCCGCUGCGGCGAGGAUGACCUGUCCGUAUUCGAGGUUCAGAUCCUGGAGGACAACGGGCUGCAGCGCGCCCAUUCCAGCCCCACGCUGCAGGACUUUAGCCAGGCAAGCCAGGCGUCCCAGGGCAGCAGCACCAAGGAGCUGGUGGGCUGCAGUGGCAUGGGAAAAGGCUCCAAGCACACCGAGGGCCAGAGAUACAGCUACCGCCAGGCCGUCAAGAAGUGAGGCAGGGCGGGGCGCCGGGUGGUGAUGACGUGGCAGGUUUGUCUCCCUGCGCAAGUUUUUAUUUGAAAUCCAGUGGAGGGGGCUUAUAAGAGCUUGAAAAGGAGAGGGGUGAGAGUGUACUGUAUACACCAUGCCCCCCCC